AUGACCUUCGCGCAAGACCUAGUGGCGGCGCUGGGCGAGUUUGUAGGCACCACGCUCUUCCUGCUCUUGGCGCUAGGCGGAGCAAAAACAGCGACGUAUUCGCGCAGUGCAGCGCAGACCGAAGGGUUGGAGACGACGUUGGGCAAUCAAACCAUCCUGUUCAUCGCAUGUUCCUUUGGUCUCUCUCUGCUCAUUACCGCCUGGAUGUUUUACCGCAUCACUGGAGGUCUCUUCAACCCAGCCAUCACGUUUGCCUUGUGGCUCGUAGGCGCCGUUCCCGCUUUCAGAGCCCUGCUGCUCGUCCUUGCUCAAUUAUUGGGCGGCAUUGCCGGUGCUGCCCUCGUCGCUGCCCUCACGCCUUUCGGUGGAGCGGAUAGCACAAAGACUACGCUGGAGCCCGGCAUCAAUAUCGGUCAGGGUCUCAUGAUCGAAGCGUUCUUGACUGCCAUACUCGUCUUUUCAGUGCUCAUGCUAGCUGCCGAGAAGCACCGUUCGUGAGUCGAGGCGUGCGGGGGCAACAGCAAAACCGAAACGCUUCUCAGAGCCUUUGCAAUACUGAUACAUCUCCGCCCCACACGCCUCUGCAAGCACUUACUUGGCACCCAUCGGUAUCGGACUGACGAUCUUCGCUUGCCAUCUCUUCGGAGUUCUUUGGACAGGUCGUGGCAUCAACCCCGCUCGCGCUUUCGGUCCGAGCGUAGUGUCCGCCUCUUUCCCAUCCUAUCACUGGAUCUACCACGUAGGCCCACUGAUCGGAGCACUCAUAGCAGUCAGCUUUUACACUGCUCUCAAAGCCUUCGACUACACCAAGAUUGUAUUUGGCCAGGAUGCGGAUCAUGCGGAAUCGACGACGCAGAACCAGAACCCUUUGAGCAGAAUCACGAGUAGGGGAGGUAAUAAGGGCAGGCUGUACGUCAUCAGGAAAAAGGUCAAGAGAGGUGGAGGUAGGAAGACGAGCUUGAGCUUGAGCGCUUCGACAAAGGGAGGUGACGGAUUGCCGUUGCACAGCGCUACCGAAAAAGUCAGCGGCGCGCAAGGUAUCAGCGAUCCGAACACGGCGGAACAGGCAGAUGUGCAACUGAAUGCUCUCACAGCAGCUCUUCAGUCGGGCGAGGCGGUGAUUCUGGACAUGUCUUCUCUGGAAGUCACAGCUGCUCCGUCCGGCUCCGCUCCUCUUAGAGACACGGGAGUGGAUGUGGACGGAGGAGCAAUUGGAGCGCCGGGCUCUGCCAAUAAUGCCCCUAGUGCCAUGCAAGAUCUCCUCACCACUUCAGUCCCUGUCACGGGCGUGCCCAGCAUGAGAGCAGACGCGCAGAAUACGGGCGGUUUGCAAGCGCCUGGAAGCGUCGAGGGAGGGUGAGUAUGAAAAGAGCGCGUCGUGAUACAUAGGCACUGGCUGAUUGACAUGAUGAUUGGGUUCAACUUUUUUGUCUUGUCCUUAGGUUAGCUUUGGUACCCAAGCUGGGUCAGGCUCUGGGCUCUUGA